UCCACCUGUCCUAAACCAUCAGCGGGGCCAACCCGCCCAACUCGGGCGCCAACCCCCAAACCAACCGCCAUACCAUUUGUCUGUCCCGUGGAUGACAUCGCCCGCACCCAUUGUGCGAAACCAACGGACUGUCUCUACCCAUUCGUUGGCGAUUGCAGUAAAUUCAUUCAAUGCACGGUAGAUCCCGAUGGUAGUGGUUGGCCCACUCUCUUGCCCUGUCCGGCGGGUUUCGAGUGGAAUGAUAAUAAAAAGAUAUGCGACUGGCCAAUUAGCUCCACAUGCCCUAAACCAACCAAACAGCCCACU